AUGGCACAUCCACCUAACAACAAUUAUGUCGGCUUGAACGACGAAGAAAUGUACGCCACAGGGUAUGCGGCCGACAGCAGCCAUGAUCGGGACCCAACAUUAGAUACCGGAAACCUUGCCGACAUGUCCUAUGUGACCAGCAUGCAAGAAAACUUUGGGGACUUUUUAAACAUGCUGCUCACCGACGUUCCUGAAGACGGCACACAAACGGCUACCGUGCCUGAAGCAAGCGACCUCGUAUUGCCGCAGACUUUGCAGCAAAAUUCAAUCCAGACGCAAAACAGCCUCCGGCUUGGACAAGGCCAACUGCCGUCGCCGCCGCCAUUUGUACCAUUAUAUGUGAAGUCGCCAGCGGUUACUAAUCACAUUCGAGCAUUUCAAAUGCAAAUGGACCACAUCCCUCAGGUGCCCGCGGGCGCUGUCCAGGAGAGCUCGAGCCUGCCGUGUCCUGGGCCGCCGCACGAGGUGGACGACGGACUUGGCCAGGACGUGGUACCUGACCACCCGAUGCUACAACCCUCCACACAAAAUGGCUUCGUCUAUGGCCCGCCCCAAGCCCCAACCGUGCAUCCAUCUUCUAUGCAGGCAUCUCCAAUUGUACCGUCGACUUUGCCAAAUUACAGUACACCGCCCGACCUUGUUUCCACGGUAGACGCCAGCAGUUUCAAUCUUUGGCUCUUCAACUCUCCCGAUCGUAUAUUUUUUAACCCUAGCGACAUAUCGGACGUGUUUAGCUCCUCUCUCGCAUUUCCGGAGAAUUGGGGACAGGUUGGUAUGCCAAUGAGUACCAACCAUGCUGAGACAUUUCUCACAACGCCGAGUGAUCAAUGGUUCGACAGGCAGUCCAUGGGCAACGCUCCCUACCGUGGCCACCAAGGCCAGCGUUUAAGUGCCAGCGAAGUAGAGAGUGAUGGCAUCGGCAGAAUUGUUGGGUCCGCGCCUAUCAAAGAAGAGCUUAUGUUCAUCGGCGCAAAUACCUUGAACAACCAGACCGCCGUGAACAACAGCAGUACGGCUGUUGCGAGCGGCAACCCCUACAUGCACAGGACAGAGGGUAGUCGUCCAGCCAAUUAUGCACCCAACGGCCCUCAGCCGCGGUACGAUCACCUGUGGACCGGCAAUUCUGUCGUAUCGGCCGCUGUUGAGGCCAGCCGCAGUUGGCUUAUGGCUCAAGACUCUUACAACUUUGAGCGGUUCACUCCGGUUCCAGAUACGAAAGGAAAGAGAAAAGCAGUGGACACAAAUGUGGCAGAACAUACAAAGACAGUCGCACCACAUUUGACAUUGUUGGGCCCACAGCCUCAAAAGCUGGCCAAGUCGGACAGAAAUCCAAUGGCGGCAGCAGCAGCAGCAGACAUUGCGUCGUCGUGUUUGACAACAGUGGAUCAUCAAAGUUCUUUCACAGCCUCCGUGUCUGCCGCCGCCUCUGGUGCCGCCUCUGGUGCAAGUGCAAAAAAAAGAAAACGGUUGGUCACGGGGCUGAAUCCAAGUCCAGCGAGGUCCCUUAUGCCCAACCUGGGCCUCGCAGACGUGGCAGCCUCGUCUGCAGGACAAGAAAACAUCACAUGCGCACAGUGUCAGUCCAACCCUGCAAUGACCUCAAAGACACACCCUACGCAAGAAUCGCUCAACGAGCAUAUCAACCACGCCCACCGGCGCCAUUCGUGCCCUUUCGCCUUUGCCGGCUGCACAGUCGACUUUGCUUCAGUGACCGAGCUCAGACGGCACGUAAAGACCAUUCACUUAAAGGAAGAGUCCCGCACAUGCCCACUCUGCCCGAAUAUGGACGCCUUUGCCCGCGCUGACAACUUUCGGGAGCACUGGCUGACAAUGCAUACGCCGGCCGACGUGAAGAACGCGCGCGAGCAGCUGGCCGAGAAGACAAAACAGGACAAAAAGAUGAAAAAGGAACUUGGUCCGGGUUCGGCUCCGGGUCCGGCUCCGGGUCCAGGCGCCGCCACGGCCGCCUCGUCCUUGCCCUCGUCAUCAACGCUGCCUGACUCUUCCUCCAUGGACAAACAGAUUCAAGACCACGAAGAAAAGUUGGCCAAGGUGGUCAAGGACGCGGUCAUUAUAAAGGACGUGCUCCCCAAGCUCAUACAGUGUCGUGAAGAAGGCUGCGACAGGAAGUUUAAGACGACGACCCAAACGACGCAAAAUGGCAAGCAAAGCGAACGAACUGCCUGGAGCGCGUGGGUCUCCCACUAUAUAAUAAGCCACGCCCGGCAACAGCCUGCUGCCUCGGAAACGGCUGGAGGCACUGGAUUGUCACCGCCAUCACCGCUGUUACCGCCACAGGCUACUUUCGAAAACGACGACGGAACGUCUGGGAGCUUUGUCAAGUGGGCGGUAGAAAAUGACAUCUUGGAGGAGGUCACGGGCGGUACCGGUGGCACCGGUGGCACUGGUGGCACUGGUGGCUCGCGUUGGCAGCUGACGGUGUCGGCAAGCGGAAGCAGUCGGUGCCGCGGGAAACAGCGCAGACAGCAAAACGGACAGCCAAGCGGGCAGCCAAGCGGGCAGCCAAGCGGGCAGCCAAGCGGGCAGCCAAGCGGGCAGCCAAGCGGGCAGGAAGACGUGCUACGAGGCAAUCCGAACGCCGAAGAGACUCGAGCUGAAGAUGAUGAUGUCAUUGGAGAUGACAACGGCGGCAGCGAAGAUGGCCACUAUGAGCCUGAUCCCAACGCCGGUCAAUACAACAACAAUGACACUUACACCGGCGACCACCGUGACUACUUUGGUUAG